UUCUCCAAUCGGCUCGCUCACACUUCCUUUCUUAGUGGUUACUAUAAACUGAGCAGGGAAGCUUACUUACAACGGGCUUUUUGUUGGAGGAACGUCUUCUUGUUCACCCAGGAUUACAGUCUAGAAGGACAUGGCUCAGCGCUACCUGUGGAUCUUGCUCCUUUGCCUGCAAACCUGUCUGGAAGCAGACGGAAGUGACACAGAUAUCGUCACGUUGAUUGGGAUACUGGGGGAGUUGGUCACUUUCCCCUUAAAUAUCGAAAAAUCACAGCAAGUUGUCAACAUCGUUUGGAACUCUGAGACAUCUGUUGCUUUCAUAACGCCAGGAGAUGCAGGAGAAGCACCCAAAGUUACUGUGACCCACCAAAAUUAUAAUGACCGAAUAAAUGUCUCCUGUCAGAACUACAACCUGGAGAUCAGUAAUCUGAGGAUGGAAGAUUCUGGCAUCUACAAAGCCGACAUAAAUACAAAGACCGUUGAAGGGGUGGUCACCACCACCACCAGGCGCUUCAACCUUCAAGUCUUCCGUCGGCUUGGGAAGCCACGAAUCACACAGAGUUUAAUGACGUCUAUGAACAGCACCUGCUAUGUCACCUUGACGUGCUCCGUGGAGAAAGAAGAAGAGAACGUCACAUACAGUUGGAGUCCUCUGGGGGAAAAGGGGAAUGUAAUUCGGAUCUCCCGGACCCCCGACAGCCAGGAGCUGACUUACACGUGCACAGCCCAGAACCCCAUCAGCAACAGCUCGGACUCCAUCUCUGCCCAGCAGCUCUGUGCAGACACUGCAACAGGCCUCCGUUCUCGCCACACCAGGCUGCUGAGCGGGCUGGCCGGGCUCUUUCUGUCUAUACUCAUCGUGACUUUGGUGCUUUUGUUCCUUUUGCGCAAACGAGGAGAAGGUUCCUUCUUGAAGCCCUUCAGUAAGAACUCUGAUGCCACCUCGAAGAAAACAAUAUACACCUACAUCAUGGUGACCAGAGCUGCCCCCCCAGCAGAGGGCAGAAUCUACGAUGAAAUCCCCCCGUCCUCGGAGCUCCCUGCCAAGGAGGACCCAGUGAACAGGGUUUACGCCACGUUGCAGAUGGAUAAGAUGGGGAAAACCAGCACUCAGGACGGCAAACCUCCUGGGAUUUCAGCCUAUGACAAUGUGGUCUAGGCUGCUGGGCAGCCUUCUCCC